UGUUCAAAGAGGUUUGCUGAGCAGCCACCGAGGAACACAAUCUGACAUCUCUUCCAGCACACAGUUUAACGUUGCAUGUCAGUAAGCUACGUUUCGUAAAUGGUUAACCAACGCAAAACGGAGAUGUGCGUGUUGUUUUCUAUACAUUAGCCUAUUAAGCACAAGUCAUAGCCUAGAGUUAUCUCUAAAAACAGUUAGCUGACAUGCUCUGUCUUCCUUGCUUUCAUCAUUGCGAAUCGGAAUGCCCAAGUUAGUUUGCGACGAAAUUUGGUUUUGGUCAGGAUGCUCCCUAUCACUCUCAUUCUCGUCACUCUCGCGUCCCUGAACGCCCAGAUGUGCGCCGCGGCAAACGCCUCAAAGUUACUGGAGCUCACACGGGACAGUCUCACCGAGCAGAUGCUGUCGGGAAGGAUGCUCUUUGUAUACUUCGGCAAUCAAGUGAGUCCAACCCUUGAGCUGUUCCUGGAGCAGCUGGAGCGGUCUGCAGAGGCCUUGGAGGACUAUGGCAUCACAGUGGCAAAGAUAAACUGCACAAAAGAAAACAUCCCGAUAUACUGUGGCAAUGAGAGACUGAUGCAGAGGGCCUAUCUGUUUCGGGGCCCAGAGGAGUUGAGGAGCUUCAACAUAGACACUGUGUUUGAUGUCAGUGCCAUCGUGUCACACGUGCUCUUCACGGUCCUGUUUGAUGAGGUGCGUUAUGUCCACACCCCAGCGGAGCUGCAGGCUGUGGAGAAGGCAGCCAGGGGGAAAACUGACGUCGUCUUCGGACACAUUCAGGUUCACGGCCUCCCAGAGCACAGGGCGCUGAUGGAGGCGGCGUUUGUGUAUGGGUCCAAGUUCCAGUUCGUGUUGACCACGGGUGGACCUCUGCUGAAACACAUGGGUGUUGAGGACCCGUCCUCUUUGCAGGCAGGCCUGUGGUUGCUCCACUGUAAGGGAGUGGGUCCCCCAGGGGAGCCAUGUCCCCAUACGGCCAUGAGGAGACCCCUCACCACCCUCAACAUCCACACCUUCCUACAGCUCAUCCAGGCACCGCUAGUGACGGAGGCGUGGGUAGACCCCGUGGAGGUGGAGGUUGGCUACAGCCAGCUCCAGGUGCCCCUGCUCUUCCUCUUCCUGCAGCCUGAGACAGCAGCUCUGGAUUGGGACGCAGCACAGGGCCUCGCCUGGGCGCUACGGGGCCACGUGGGAGUGGUGCUCAUACACAGAGACAGUCCUAAAGUCAAAUCCCCUUUGAAGUACAAUGCAGCCUACAGACUGUCAUACGGGGCGGCGGUGAAGUAUGUUACGUUUGACAACAUGGAGGAGGUCAUCUCUCUCUUCAGCGAGCAGCAGCGUCCUGUGGGAGAGGAGAGGACUGCAGAAGAGGAAGAGGAGGAGGGGGAGGAGGAAGAGGAGGGUGGAGAUCCAUGGAGCUCUCAGGUGGGUGAACUUGAAGAUCAGCUGCUGUUGGACGUGUUGGAUGAUGAGGUGGCAGCUUCUGUGUACCACAACCGCCAUCAGAUCUUAGACCAGGAGCCGGUCAUCGAACUCACUGCAGACCUCUUCAAGAGUGCACUGGUACAGUACGACCACUUGGUGGUGCUGUUUUACGCCAAAUGGGAUGCUGUGUCCAUGGCUUUCCUCAGUUCCUUUGUUGAGGUUGCGGAGGCACUGGAAGGCCUCUCUGACGUGGCGUUGGGCUCAGUGGACUGUGGGGAGUGGACAGACGUCUGUGGUGACCAGGGCAUCACAUCCUUCCCUGUUGUCAUGGUGCAUCACCGUGGUGACGACGCCCAGACGUACCGGGGCAUGCUGGGAAGCCAGAGCCUGCAGAGUUUCAUCCUGCUGAGCCGUGUGAGCAGCCCCGUGCGCCUCUCGUCCUCGGAGGAGGUGCAGGCCUUCAUGGAGGGGGCCCUGGGGAGGUCGGAGGGGGCGCCGGAGGAGGACCUCUACAUCGGGACCCAGACCCACGCCCUUGUCAGGGUGCUGGGGGUGUACGGCUCUAACACAGACUCAGGGGUACGGUUAUUUGAGGCUGCGGCGAGAGCGCUGAGAGGCCAGAUGCUGCUGGGGAUGCUCGACGACACUUCAGCCCAAAACUGGGCCCUUGAGCUGUCCGUGGAUCUGCCUGUGCUUCUGGUGCAGAGGGGUCCUCAUGGCCAGAGGGAGGUCCAUGCCAUUCAGGCAUCCUCACUGGACGCCCUUAUCGCGCUCAUACACAACGCAUCGCUGGACCCUUUUCCUGAGUUGACAGUGGAGAACCUUCCAGACUACUUGGAGCUGAGGAGGCCGCUGCUGUUGCUGUUUGUGGCUGAGGAGGGCCCAGAGAGUGCUGCCGCCCUGCUGGAGAUGCAGGCACUACUGCAGGCCGGCCACCUCAAGGUGUACAUGCCAUGCUGGAUAAACCUCCAGAGGACUCCUGCGGGAGGCCCUGUACUGGAGUCGUACCUGGGUGCCAUCCCAAAGCUGCCGGCCCUGGUUCUGUCCCAGCUGCAUGGCGGUGGAGAGGUCUUCCACUUCCCCUCACACCACCCCCUGCAGGCGGGGAGGAUACUGCACUGGCUCCAGAGUGUGGAGCACCAGCAGGCCCAACCUGCAGGUUUGGUUCCAGAUGAAAAGUGGCCUCCCUCCAGGCCUUUCUUUGACUUCCUGUCGGUGAUGGACCAGGAGAUGCCAGGGUACGCAGCCCAGAGGAGCUCCAUGAGGGACAAAGAGAUGCCACCAGGCUAUGCAGCCCAGAAGAGCCCCAGAAAUAAGAUGGCUGCCACAGAUACCACAAGCAGCGCUGGAGAGAAACGCCUGGAGGGGGAGAAGCAGAGGACAAAAGAGGUGGAGGAGAGAGGGAGGAGGAGGAGGAGGAAGGAGGAGAGGAGGAAAGAGGGAGAGAAGGACCCUGAUGAAAGACGAGGCUCUAGGACGCCUGCAAACACCCCCUCACCUCUCACACACUCUGAACUCUGAGAGAGAGAGAGAGAGAGAGAGAGAGAGAGAGAGAGAGAGAGGAAACUCUACUCCCCAGUCUCAAACAAAGACAUCCAUCUCACAGCCCUGGACAUACACACACACACUGUCAUAAACAAUGUACACACACACACACACUAACAUACAUAACGUUCACACACAUGCUCUCACACUCACACUCACUCUGGCCUACACAAUGUGCUCACAGACACACGCGCGUGCCUGCACGUUUUGCUCAGGAAUGGGUCUUAAUGGGCCAUGUCUAAAUGCCAUGUCAUUGAAUGCUAUUGUUUUUCUUAUCUGCUCUUUCCUGCAGAGGCCUAUUUAUUGUUUUUCAUACCUUUAUCUGUAAAAAACCCAGCAGAGCAUAAUGUUGGUAUUUCAUUUGUCUUUUAUGUUACCCAUAAAAAAAAACACUUUUCCUGGAAUUUAAA